AUGGCCACCGGCAUCCUCCCCAACGGCUCGACCACGAGUAACGGCCCCAUCCACGGCCCUGAUCUGGAGAACAACUGGAACGCCAAUGUCCUGCCAGCCACCAUGCCCCGUGCGGGAUCCAGUCAGUCGAUCCGGACACCCAAUGGCUACUUGUUUGAUCGUCUUGGGUCGCAGGGCAACCGAUUCCCACUUUUACUCUGGCGAAUCUUCAGCCUGCGUCAACCUUCACCCGAACAAAAUGGCGACAGCGAUUCUGAUGGCGGUUCGUCCGACUCAGACUCGACUCAGACUCCGAUUCUGACGAAGACGAGGACCCGACCAGUGAUGUCGGACUCCGACCGAGGCCUAUCGGGCCCGAAAGGUUUCGACGGUUGUUACGAGAUACGGCGCGGGGAAGCGUGA